AUGGCAGGACAAUCAGCAGGAAACUUUAAUUUUAGUACUAAAGCUACGGCAGUUGCUAAAAAUACUUAUAAUAAAUAUACUGAAUUGGUUAAUAUUUCUGAACAUGUGCCUAAACAUAAUAGUGAUUUUUCUGAUAAUGAAUUAGGUCAUUUUUUAGCUGGCCUAAUAGAAGGAGAUGGUUGAUUUGGUAAAAAAGAAUUACAUAUAAUUUUUAGUGAAAAUGAUAUUUCAUUAGCUUAUUUUAUUAAAAAAUGUAUAGGAUAUGGUAAUGUUUAUAAAAUAAAAAAUAAAAAAGCAGUUAGAUAUAUAUGUAAAGACCAAAAAGGUUUAUCCAUUAUUUUAUCUUUAAUUAAUGGUAAGUUAGUUAGUCAUCAUAAAUAUGAACAAUUAAUUAAUCAAGGAUAUAGUGAAAAAUUUAAGAUAAAAAUAUUAUCUCCUCUAAAAAAAAUAAGUUUAGAUAAUUAUUGAUUAGCUGGAUUUACACAAGCUGAUGGUUGUUUUCACAUUAGUGUUGUAAAAAGUAAAACGCAUAAAACAGGUUAUAGUGUAAGAUUAGAAUAUUCUUUAAAACAAAAUGAUAAAUUACCUUUAAAAUUAUUAUAUGAUCUUUUAAAAAAAGGUAAUUUAUCUCAAUAUAAUACUGGUAUAUGAUGUUAUAAAAGUACAGGUUUUAGUACUGCAUCUGAUCUUAUUAAUUAUUUUGAUAAAUUUAAUCUCUUUGGAGGAAAAUAUGUAAGUUAUCUUAAAUUUAGAAAAGUUUAUAUUAUGAUAACAGAAGGUAAACAUUUAGAUAAAAAAGGUAUAGAAAAAAUUAUAAGUAUUGCUGUUAAAGGAUCCUCAGAGACAAAUACGCAAGGAAUUUAA